GGAGAAGAAGGAGAAGGAGAAAGAGAGCUCGCUGGGAUCCUGUCAGCCACAGCUUCAUCAGAGCCCGUCUCUCCUCCACAGAAGAUGAGCGAGUCCGUGAGUGUAUUCGGCGGCAGAGUUCCGGCUGAGGUGGAGCUGCUGUGUAAACACCUGAGGAAUCUCCACAGAGACACUUUCACACAGAUACUCGGAGCGGUGGUGAAGGCGAUGGAGGGCGAGGACUGCUGUGAGUGUGUGCAGAGGAUCUCCGAGAGCGGACUCGUCUCAGAGGACAGCCUGAACCAUGUGAUGGCAGGACUAUAUGCUCUUCUGAAGGAGGCUCAGCGAAUGCCUACGCUCCGACAGGAGGUUUUCAAUGAGGACCUCAGAGCUCUUCGGAUUUCUGAAGAGUUCCUCUCGGACGUGUCCAGCGUGGUCUUUGGGAACAGGCUAACCUCAGCGAGUGUUCGACAGCACGAGCCGCGUCUGGCCAAGCUGGAGGAGUUCAAAUGGAGAGUGGAUGUAGCCAUUUCAACCAGUUCUCUGGCUCGAGCUCUUCAGCCCUCGAUCCUCAUGCAGAUGAAGCUCUCCGAUGGACACGUGCAUCGCUUCCAGGUUCCAGUGGCCAAGUUCCAGGAUCUACGGUACAACGUUUCUCUAAUUUUAAAGGAGAUGAAUGAUAUCGAGAAGAGAAGUAUUCUGAAAAUACAGGACUGAUCCAUUGUUUACAUCAAUGUCGAGUGUCAAAGAUCAACAGUGGGAAAACGCCUGAUGAAAAUCCCUCCGGAUCCGUCUUUUCUGAUAUUUGGUAAAAUGUAUGUAAUUAUGUAAUAUUUAGUAUUUUUCUGAAAAGUUUGUGUGAAUUAUAUUUUGUACACGCCGUCAAAUGUCCGCGCGAAACGAAGCAAAAUGUAGAUCAACAUCUGGGGAGUGUAUAUUUCUAUAUACAGUAAUAACGUUAAGUCAACGGCGUUCAUAAACAUGCUGAAAAGCGAUUAUGCGUCUUGAUAGCACGCCAAAAAUGGUAUACACCAUACACACGCUACUUCAUGAGAUCAGUCUGGCAUUUUCCGUACAGAAGCUGUUUUUUCCCCUCGCUCUUGAAGUUGAGGUGAAAUGGCGUAACGAAGCACGAAAGGUAACUUAGAUCGCACUUCUCGCAUACUUUCCGAAUGCACACCUGAAUCAAAGAUGGAUGUUAUGAAUGAAAUAUUCUGGAACGGAGAGAUUUAUAGCCAUACUGAACGUGAAAUUACUGCAGUAACAACCCCGUUUCCACAUUUCUAAUUCACGACGCAUGCUUAAGUGUACAUUGAAGUGUGCAAAACUUUGUCCAAAAUAAUACUGAUAACACUAUAAGGCGAGACACGGUGACGGCAGGAAAAAACAUCGUUUUUUGGGGGUUUUUACUGGUCAGUUUUGAGAUGUUAGCGUUUUUGUCUUCGGGUCCAAAAAA